GAACUGUGCCGCUCGGGAACGGCGUCCGACAGGCCCCUCCGGGUCACGCGGGCGUCCCGGCAGGGCCUGCAGGCCAACGUGGAGCACUGCCUGCAGUCCGCCGCCGGCUCCUCCGCGGACGCCCGCUUCCGGCCGCUGCUCCGCGACGGCCACGGCCUCCUGAGCGCGCUGCUUGCGCCCGCGGAGGACCCCAGCGCAGUUCGCUCCUCGCGCCCACGCGGCCCCGUCGGCGGGCGGUCCGUGCGCCGCUGA